CAGUCAUGAAUUGUGAUUCAUUACUGCUAAGUAACAAAACAGUUUGUAAAAAUUCUAAUUUUGUAGCAGUUAAGAUUCUGAUCUACUUUUAAGAAAGCUUCUAAGUGUAUUUGAAUGUUAUAUAUGGCAGUACAAGAAGAACACUUCAUUUUCAUAAAAAGAAGUAUAUCUUUUUAUUCACAAUAAUAAUUUGGACAGAAGAGGGUUAAUAGAUCAAGAUAGAAGGUGGAAAGAGUCGUUGCAACGUAUUAUGGGCAUAUGAUAAUGAAAGUUUUACUGGUUUUUGACCAUAAAUACAUCAAAACAUAUUAAAUCAAACUUCUCGCGAAACAAAAGACGUAGAUGGUUGCGCCUUUGUUUGUUCUCCACUCUAUGCUGCACAUGCUGCACUGGUGUACUAGCAAGCACACAAGGAGCAGACUAUAGGCUACUCCUGCCUGCUCGUGCCCGCAGAAGAGUAGAAAACUAAAAAUGGCGUCGUUAAUGACUUCGAGAGUAAUUUUUAAUCCAGUACUUCGAAAAACUGUGAAACUUAUUUUCUCAAAAGAACUGAGAAAUUACCAUUGUUGUAUUCGAGCAAAUAAAUAUGCUCUUCCUGUUAUUAACUAUGUGCGACUGUAUGCUUCUGAGAAGAAAGUCUAUUCCCGUGAAAAACCACAUUGUAACGUGGGCACAAUUGGACAUGUAGACCAUGGCAAAACCACUCUUACUGCUGCAAUUACCAAAGUCUUAGCUGAUAAAAGACUUGCAGAAGCAAAGGGGUACAGCGAUAUUGAUAAUGCACCUGAAGAGAAAGCACGUGGAAUUACAAUUAAUGUAGCGCAUGUGGAAUAUGCCACUGAUAGUAGACAUUAUGGGCAUACGGAUUGUCCCGGGCAUGCCGAUUAUAUCAAGAACAUGAUCACGGGCACAGCCCAAAUGGAUGGGGCAAUUCUUGUAGUUGCUGCUACAGAUGGUGCUAUGCCUCAGACAAGAGAACAUCUUUUAUUGGCGAAACAGAUUGGUGUCAAUCAUAUUGUGGUUUUUAUUAAUAAGGUCGAUGCAGCUGACAAAGAAAUGGUGGAACUUGUUGAGAUGGAAAUCAGGGAGUUGUUGAGUGAAAUGGGAUACGAUGGUGACAAUAUUCCUGUUAUACAAGGUUCAGCUCUCUGUGCACUGGAAGGAAAGAAUCCAGAAAUUGGUGCUCAGGCUAUCUUAAAAUUGCUGGAUGAAGUAGAUAAACAUAUUCCAACUCCAGUAAGAGAAUUGGAUAAACCAUUCCUCUUGCCUGUAGAGAACACAUAUUCCAUUCAAGGAAGAGGUACAGUUGUCACAGGUCGUUUAGAGAGAGGAAUUUUAAAGAAAGGAAUGGAAUGUGAAUUUGUUGGCUAUAACAAAGUGCUGAAGACAACUGUUACAGGUGUAGAAAUGUUCCAUCAAAUAUUAGAAGAAGCUCAGGCAGGUGACCAGGUGGGUGCAUUAGUACGAGGAGUUAAGCGUGAUGAUGUUAAACGUGGAAUGGUCAUGUGCAAACCAGGAACUGUGAAAGCUUGUGAUCAAGUUGAGGCCCAGGCAAGUACUGUUUUGUAUCAAAAGGUGUAUAUAUUAACCAAAGAAGAAGGAGGUCGUUCCAGACCCUUCACGUCAUUCAUUCAGUUACAGAUGUUUUCUCGAACAUGGGACUGUGCUUCGCAAGUAACCAUCCCAGAUAACAAGGAAAUGGUGAUGCCUGGGGAGGAUACAAAACUGGUUCUAAGACUAAUGCGGCCAAUGGUUUUGGAAAAGGGUCAAAGGUUUACACUCAGAGAUGGAUCCCUUACCUUAGGCACAGGUGUAAUUACAAAUAUUCUACCUGCAUUAACAGACAAAGAGCGACAAUCAUUGACAGAAGGCAAGAAAGCUCGAGAACAACGGCUUAAAGCGGAGCAACAGUAAAGUGAUGCAUCUGGAUACAAACUUGAAGUAACCUCUUGUGGAUAGUUUUGUUCAGUGAACUAUGCUAAGACUGUACAAUUGGACAAAUGACUUGCAAGUGUCUUUUUAUUUUCCUCUUUUGUGUUGUCUUGCAAGUCCAUAGAGUACUAGAUUUUAUAAAAGAAAGGACAUAUUCAAAAGAUCUGUCAUAAUUGUGGAACAUCGUAAAGUGACAUCUGAUAUGUGGUAGUUAAAUUUUUGUGUAGAUAGUUGAAUACGAAUAAUAUUGCCUAGUGUUUCCUAAUACAUUUCCAACAAAUAAAAUUGUCUUCAACAGGCCUUUGUUCUGUUACAUAAAAAUUGCAUUUAUUUAAUAUCAAAUAUUUUAUCUUAGAUACUGAUGUUUCUGAAAAAUGGAGAGAGAUCAAUAGUAUUGGUUUGAAACAUUGGUGGAAGAAUUUAGGGAAAGUAAUGCAUCUUGAAUUCCUUGAGAAAAACUUUAAACUUGUAUUAUUUCAUUCCUGUUUGAGACACAGUUUCACCAGCAGUACAAUGCUCUGUAUAGCUUGAUCACCAUAGCUUCAGUGUUUCCCUAGAAGGUAUGAGCAUGUGACAAGCAAAUUUGGUUUAAUAAAGCUGUUAAUUACA